AUGGGGGAGCCAAGGCAGAGGAGGCUGUACCAAGUCUGGCCAGGAAGCAACAAAUUUCUCUGCUGCGGGCGCCUGAUCUUCGGGCCGGAUGCGGGUUCGCUCUUCCUGUCGACUGUUCUAAUAGCGGCGCCUCUGGUAGGCCUAUGCUGCCAAUGCAUCACAAAGAUGACCAGCUCCAGCAAUUCAGAGAAGCGAGUUCUUGGCAUUCCUGUGCUGAUCACCACCAUUGUUCUCGGCCUAGCAGAUUUGGCAUUCUUGCUGAUGACAUCGAGCAGGGACCCCGGGAUCGUGCCGAGGAACGCGCGGCCGCCGGCGGAGAGCGGCGGCGGCGACGGCGAGCAGGCCGGAGACGUCGGCAGGACGGCGUCGAUGGAGUGGGUGACGGCGGCGAGCCCGCACCUCCGGCUGCCGCGGAGCAGGGACGUGGCGGUGAACGGGUGCGUGGUGAAGGUGAAGUACUGCGACACGUGCCUGCUGUACAGGCCGCCGCGUGCCUCCCACUGCUCCGUCUGCAACAACUGCGUCCAGAAGUUCGAUCACCACUGCCCCUGGGUCGGCCAGUGCAUUGGCCUGCGGAAUUACCGGUUCUUCUUCCUGUUCAUCUCGACGUCGACCCUCCUCUGCGUCUACGUCUUCGCAGUGUCAUGGCUGAACAUCGUCGCAGAGGAGGACAACAAUGGCGGCUCCCUGCUGAAAUCCAUGGCCAGCGAGCCGCUGUCCGUGGUGCUCAUCGUGUACACCUUCGUCUCGGUGUGGUUCGUCGGUGGCCUCACCGUCUUCCACCUCUACCUCAUGAGCACAAACCAGACGACGUACGAGAACUUCAGGUACAGGUACGACAAGAAGGAGAACCCGUACAACAGGGGCGUGCCGGCAAACAUAGCCGAGGUGUUCUGCGCCGGGAUCCCGCCGUCGAUGAACAACUUCCGGUCAUGGGUAGCGGCGCCGCCGGAGGAGCCAGGGGACGGCGGGCACCUGUCCUCGAGGCACCUGGCCGACCUCACCGGCGGCGCGAAGGAGAAGGUGGACCUGGAGAUGGGCCGCAGCGGUGCCGGCGGCAUCAUCCCGGCGAUCUUGCAGGGGCUGGACUACGACGAGAUGGAGAAGAACGACAUCAGCGUGCACAUCAAGGACCGGCGGGCGCCGGCGGCGGCGCCGGACCCGUUCAUGUCCGGCGGUGAGUGGCGCAGGCUGGAGGAGGCCGGAGGAGGUGGUGGUCCUCCGCCUCCGGCUGCGCGCGGCGAGGAUAGCGAGCGAACGCCGGCGGCGAGCCUGCAUGGAGAUUCGGAACGGUGA